AUGGCAUCUCCGGCCAGCACAGCCGUGCGCUUCCUGGCUGGUUCCAAGAAGGCGCCUAAGGGCAUCGUGCAAUUGCGACUGCACGUCAAGCCUGGAGCGAGUAAGAAUAGAGAGGGCAUUCAGGCGGUCACUGACGACGUGAUUGAACUUUGCGUUGCGGCCCAGGCUAAAGAGGGCGAGGCCAACCAGGCGGUGAUUGAGGUUCUCAGCGAGGCCCUGGACAUCCCCAAGUCGAGGUUGGUUCUGGCUCAAGGCGCGAGAUCGAGAGAUAAGACGGUGGUUGUGCAGGAUAUCAAGGGCGAUGGAACUACGUACGCCAAUGCGAUCCUCGAGCUGCUUCAUAAGGCUAGCUCCGAGGCCUCAUGA